GGUGCAUCACUCUGCUGUUAAACAUAGCCGGUUGAGAAUGAUCGCCUCAAAAAUCAGGUCUGUUUUGAAGGUGCAAUUUGGAAAGAAGCUCAGUGUCACAAUACCAUGUAUCACCACUACAUUCCACAUAUUGUAGUUGAAGACACCAUUCCACAUCAUAGCUGACAGUCUGUUUACUCUGACAAUGCUCCAAUGAAUUGAAAUAAUCUUCUGUUGAAAAAAAAAUCAUGUCAGUUUAUUAUUAUGCUUGAUGAAAAUGCAGUUAGUGAAUGUGGAACGAAGCCUGUCUGUAUAUCAGGUAUCUACUUGCUUUGUUUUUACUGACAAGUCUUAUGGCUAAAAUUUGCUUCUGUAACAGUCUAUUACCCAGUGCACACACGUGGUUGUGAAAAUUUAGAUUAGCUCUAAAAAGCAAUGACGAAAUGGAGAUAAACAAUGGUUGGUGUAAUUCUAGCUUUGUGUUUAUGUAUCUUUAAAACCAUUCUAGUUUCACUAUACAUGUAAGAAAUAGGAAAGUGUCAAAGACCAUUCAGUGAAAUAAAGUUUCGUUUAAGAUAACAGGCAAAUUACGUCUUCAUUUUUGUUCCUAAGGAAUAUUUUUAUUUAGGUGGUACAGUCUUGACAAGACAUUUUAAUUCAUAAAGACAGCACAAAAUUACUGUCAGUAACCAGUGGGCGAAACAAAUCAGAUGUUGGUAAUUCGUGAACUAGUUUUCACCGCGGAGUGUCACGUAAAUUGACCUCUGGCCCCUCACAGCUUAAUUGAAAUAACGAUUCGCGGAGGAUAGCUACAGGUGUGACUCGGUCAUAAUUAAACGAAAACAAGCUCCGGCCCAUGUGGAAAGUGAAUCUGCAGCCGUGAGUGUGAAACAUCAGAAGUCGACGCCUCGGCUAUUUAGAAGCUCUGUUACCCAAGAUGAACAGCAGUGGACCAGCAUAUCCCCUCGCCUCUUUGUAUGUAGGAGACCUGCACCCUGAUGUCACAGAGGCUAUGCUCUACCAGAAAUUUUCUCCUGCUGGACCCAUCAUGUCAAUCCGUGUGUGCCGAGACAUCAUCACCCGCAGAUCUCUGGGCUAUGCCUAUAUAAACUUCCAACAACCAGCUGAUGCGGAGUGUGCCCUGGAUACAAUGAACUAUGAUGUCAUCAAGGGUCGGCCAAUUCGAAUAAUGUGGUCUCAGCGUGACCCAGGACUCAGGAAAUCUGGUGUGGGUAACAUCUUUAUCAAGAACAUGGAUGAAUCUAUUGAUAACAAGGCGCUGUAUGAUACCUUCUCAGCCUUCGGCAAUAUUUUGUCCUGCAAGGUUGUUUGUGAUGACAAAGGAUCCAAAGGCUAUGGGUUUGUUCACUUUGAGACUCAGGAGGCUGCAAACAGGGCCAUUGAAACCAUGAAUGGGAUGCUGCUGAAUGACAGGAAAGUUUUUGUUGGCCACUUCAAGUCUCGCAAGGAAAGAGAGGUGGAGUUUGGCACCAAAGCUAUGAAGUUCACCAACGUCUACAUCAAAAACUUUGGUGAAGACUACGGUGAUGAUAAGCUCAAGGAAGUCUUUUCUGCAUUUGGGAGGACUCUCAGUGUGCGGGUGAUGAAGGACGAGAGGGGGCGUUCACGAGGAUUUGGCUUUGUAAACUAUGCUAACCACGAGGACGCUCAAAAGGCAGUUGAUGAAAUGAAUGGAAAGGAGAUCAAUGGGAAAAUCAUCUAUGUAGGACGGGCUCAGAAGCGUGUGGAACGUCAGGGAGAGCUCAAACGCAAGUUUGACCAGAUCAAACAGGACCGUAUCCAGCGCUAUCAGGGGGUGAAUCUGUAUGUGAAGAACUUGGAUGACAGCAUAGAUGAUGAGAGACUCCGGAAAGAGUUUGACCCUUAUGGCACCAUUACCAGUGCUAAGGUGAUGACAGAUGGCUCCCAAAGCAAGGGCUUUGGCUUUGUCUGCUUCUCUUCACCAGAGGAAGCGACAAAAGCCGUAACAGAAAUGAACGGCAGGAUUGUUGCAACCAAGCCGCUGUAUGUGGCUCUGGCUCAGCGGAGGGAGGAGCGUAAAGCGAUCCUUACCAACAAGUACAUGCAGAGACUUGCUACUCUGAGGACCAUGACAAGUCCGCUCAUUGACUCGUACCAGCAGGCCGGAUACUACAUGACUGUACCACAGCCUCCCACUCGCUCCUACUACGACCACAGUUCUGUCAGCAGCAUGAGGCCAGUACCUCGCUGGACAGGACAACCACCGAGACCACAAGGCCCCUACGCAACCCAGUUCGUUAGCGGUUCUGCUCCCAGACGUGGAUCGACAGCCAUCGCUACAGUCAGACAGGCUUCCACCCAGGCUCCACGUAUAUUGAGUUCUACACAGAAGACAAAUAACAUUGGGACCCAGACUGUAGGAGGACGUACGGAUGUGCCUGGUGUGAUCAGAAGCAGCCAGUACAAGUAUUCAUCUGCAGUGAGGAACCCUCAGCAGGUCGUCACUGUGCCUGCACCCAUGACUAGACUACAGGUUGUUCCUGCCCCAGCCAUGGAGCCACCAGCACGCGUUCAAGAACCGCUCACUGCCUCUAUGCUGGCGGCAGCUCCACUCAUGGAUCAGAAACAGCUUCUUGGUGAGCGAUUGUACCCACUGAUUCACACUCUUCAUCCAAACUUGGCUGGAAAAAUCACUGGGAUGCUGUUGGAGAUUGACAACUCAGAGCUGCUGCACAUGCUGGAGUCGCCCGAGUCUCUGCACUCUAAGGUGGACGAGGCAAUCGCUGUCCUGCAGGCUCACCAGGCGAAGGAAUGCUCUCCUAAGAAGUGAAGAACCCGCUCAGAUGUCAACAACUUUAUGGAGAAGGAAAGAAAAUUAGAGUAAUAUUUUGUAAAAUUUUGAAAAAACAAAGGAGAAAAAAUGUGUGGAUUAAAUUAAGGAUGAAGAAAUUUGUGAAGUUAAAGCUAU